ACCAUGGCGAGCCCAGGGAAAGACAAUUAUCGAAUGAAGAGCUAUAAGAACAAUGCCCUAAACCCUGAGGAAAUGAGGCGAAGAAGAGAGGAAGAGGGCAUUCAGCUCCGGAAACAGAAGCGGGAGCAACAACUUUUUAAACGGAGAAAUGUUGAGUUGAUUAAUGAAGAAGCUGCCAUGUUUGAUAGUCUUCUCAUGGACUCCUAUGUGAGCUCUACUACUGGGGAGGGUGUGAUCACAAGAGAGAUGGUAGAGAUGCUGUUUUCUGAUGAUUCUGAUCUGCAGUUAGCAACCACACAGAAAUUCCGGAAACUGCUCUCCAAAGAGCCUAGUCCCCCAAUAGAUGAAGUCAUCAACACUCCAGGAGUGGUGGAUAGGUUUGUGGAGUUUCUGAAGAGGAAUGAGAAUUGUACAUUACAGUUUGAAGCUGCCUGGGCUCUAACAAAUAUUGCUUCUGGAACCUCUCAGCAGACCAAAAUUGUCAUCGAAGCAGGAGCUGUCCCCAUUUUCAUAGAGCUGCUUAACUCAGACUUUGAGGACGUACAGGAACAGGCAGUCUGGGCACUGGGAAACAUAGCUGGAGACAGCUCCGUUUGCCGAGAUUACGUCCUGAGCUGUUCUAUCCUUAAUCCUUUGUUAACACUCCUUACCAAGUCCACACGACUGACAAUGACACGGAACGCAGUCUGGGCCCUGUCAAAUCUCUGCCGGGGGAAGAAUCCGCCCCCAGACUUUCCAAAGGUCUCUCCUUGUUUGCCUGUGCUGUCUCGCCUACUCUUCAACAGUGACUCGGACUUGCUGGCAGAUGCUUGCUGGGCCCUCUCGUAUCUAUCCGAUGGCCCCAAUGAAAAGAUCCAGGCAGUCAUAGACUCUGGAGUUUGUCGGAGAUUGGUAGAACUUCUGAUGCACAAUGAUUACAAAGUGGCUUCUCCUGCCCUGCGAGCCGUGGGUAACAUUGUCACUGGGGAUGACAUCCAGACCCAGGUCAUUCUUAACUGUUCAGCCCUCCCUUGCCUUCUCCAUUUGUUGAGCAGCCCGAAGGAGUCGAUCCGGAAGGAAGCCUGCUGGACCAUUUCAAACAUCACUGCUGGCAACAGAGCUCAAAUACAGGCUGUCAUAGAUGCAAAUAUCUUUCCUGUGUUGAUCGAAAUCCUUCAGAAAGCAGAGUUCCGUACAAGAAAAGAAGCAACUUGGGCCAUCACCAAUGCCACAUCAGGAGGGACCCCUGAACAGAUCAGGUACCUGGUCUCACUGGGCUGCAUCAAACCCCUGUGUGACUUGCUGACUGUGAUGGAUUCGAAGAUUGUACAAGUGGCCCUCAAUGGACUGGAGAACAUCCUACGGCUUGGAGAGCAAGAGGGCAAGCGCAGUGGCUCAGGGGUCAAUCCCUACUGUGGCCUCAUCGAGGAAGCUUAUGGCUUAGAUAAAAUUGAGUUUCUCCAGAGCCACGAGAACCAGGAAAUCUACCAGAAGGCUUUUGACCUCAUUGAGCACUACUUUGGUGUAGAAGAUGAUGACAGCAGCCUGGCUCCCCAAGUGGAUGAAACACAGCAGCAGUUCAUCUUCCAGCAGCCAGAGGCCCCCAUGGAGGGCUUCCAGCUAUAAUGUCUGCCUCCGGGGAGGGGAGGGAAUGGGAAGCACCACCAACCAGCGGAAAAGCAGCCUCUGGUGAGCGGGAAACCAGCCCCCCCAUCAUCAGCUACCACACACCUCUGCUACCCUGGAGACUGUGCUCUUGACCUGCUCCACCCCCUUCCCUGGAGGGAACACCCUCUGGACAGAACCAUCUGAGGCUCACAUUUGGGUUUUGUGACAAGAAGGGGUUUUUCUUCCUUACACUAUAUUUUGGCUGCACACAUGUCUUUAACCCAGGAGCCCAGGGGUAGACAAUGGAGGACUGAGGUAAUCAAUUUUGCACCUUUUUUUAAUUUUUUGUUUUCUUUUGUGGUGACUUCCCUUUUAUUUUUCUUCACCCUUCCCAAUCCUCUGCCCUGAUCUGUGUAACUCUUAUCUUGGGUACUUGAGCAGAUGGACUAUUUCCCAGAGGUAGGGGUGGGAGGAGGGGAAAUCCCAAAGUGUUCUUGCUCUGAAAGAAUAGUAAUCUUGUAUGCUUGGAUUGAGUUAUUUAAUUUUUUUCUUUUGCACAUUUUUCUUGUAUUAAGGUUGCUCUUCCCAAGCGCCAUGAGUUCCUGGUUUUAGGAAUCCCAGUUGUCAGCAUUGUCUGGGACUAGAGGCUGAGGGGAAGGCCACCAUGAGGCAAAGGUCCUUCCUCCUCUCUGGUCCCUGGCCUAGACUGCUUUAGUUUGGGCGCUCCUCCUCACUCUCCUGGGCAAAUGUAUCAGUUUGGAGUGGAGAGGAGGAGCACAGCCUUCAGACAGGGCUUCCCAUGUGUCGCUACUGAUCCCAGGUUUCCUACCCACCUUCCAAAUGGUGCGACCCAACUUCAUUUGUUUACUUGAAAAUCCCACCCCUACCCCCGGAGUUCACCUCCGAGGUGGUUGCAUUUUCUCCUAAGCAUGAGAUGGGAGGCUGUGGUCCUUCCUUUCGUCUAAGGAGAAGAUGGUCCUAGCUCUGGUGACCCAUAAAUUUCAGAGGAGGUCGGAGUGAGAGUGUCAUGUAUUGGGAUAGCCAGGACUCCCUGCCUUUGACCUUUCUUCAUCCUCUUCUUCCACAGUUGGAUCAUGUAUAUUUUACUUCCAAAGGAGAGAAUGUCAAAAAGUUCUGUAUUUUUUUAUAUUCUAUAUAUUAGGUAGGUCAAUCUUAAUUGGUCUCAAGUGGAAGAACUGUGUAAUUGUUGUAAGUUGGAUACUGUGAGGAAGACCAAAAAAGAGAUGUGGAAGCUCCCACACUCGGGGCCUAAGCGUGAUCCCUUUCCUCUCUGGUUGGAUGUUGGGCCACCAUCUGGGACCAACCCUAAGCUCUAGAACCUUUGUAUUAGCAGGACAGUUUGAUCUGAUUGUCCCUGUACUCACUCACAGGGAGCAAGGAUGCCCCAGGGCCUGAUGAAGCCCUCGCUUCUAAGCAGUCUGCCUUUUCAGAUUCAGUCUCAAAGACUCCUGCCCAUAUAAAUUAUUACACAUGGCUUCCUCUUCUAUUCUCACAGAGAUUUCAGCAACCUGAAUACUUUUCUGAGAGUUACUGGUAUCUUCCUGUUUAGGGUCCUGGUUUGGGUCUUGCC